AUGGAGGGGGAACAGGCGACAGACCCCCCUGCCCACCCCGAAAUCCACAUACAGACCACCAGCUUUCCGGGGUAUUCUGCACAAUCACUUUCCCCAUCGUUCAAGGUAGAUGAAGGCUAUUCGGACGAGACUCGGAGUCAGGCAGACAAAGAGGCUGUGACGGACAAUGUCAUGAUGCUUCCAGAUUGGGUCCUUUCCCAAAGCGAAUUUGAUAGAGCUGGUAAGUGUUCCUCAUGUCUUUUGGUGGCGGUCUCCAGACCCCUCAAACUCUUUGUCUUCUCCGCCCGCUCAUGCAGCCCUCUCUCAACCACAGAACUUGCAUAUAGCCUACUUCGCUCGCUCUCGACAUCUGCGCUUUCGGGAGUGGUAGAACGCGUCCAUCCACUACUUCACAUGGACCCCGUUGUCAAGCUACCUCCCGAAUUGACAUUCCAGAUCUUUUCCUACCUCGAUCCUCGUACCCUCUUGAACCUUACACUCGCGUCUCGUUCAUGGCGCAACCGCAUCCUCGAUUCUGGCUUAUGGAGAGUUCUGUAUAUUAAUGAAGGUUGGCGCGCAAACUCUCGUGCGAUCUAUAAUUUUGAACAAGAGCACUCUGAACCAAUCUCUCCGCAAAUCCGCAAGUCACGCCCACGACACUCGGAAUCUGACCUCGGUGAACCCAAACAGAAGAAGCGUGUACCGCCAUCAUGGCUUGCUUCGCGGGCCACUGCGGACCCGGGUGCGGUAGAGACCAACGGCCAUCUGCUUGCCGAAGCGGACAGCGAGGGAGAUCAUCAUAUGGCAGACGCGAACGGAAGUGUACCUCUACCAGUUGACGAGAUCGAUCUUGUACAACCUACAUCUUUUCCUCAGAUUCCUUCCAUGCUCCAGCCACCACUCAAAUCAUCGAUUCUUAUUCGGCGCCCGAACGGGACUGCCAAGGUCAACUGGGUACACCUGUACAAGCAACGCCGGCGCCUUGAAGAGAACUGGCAACAGGGACGCUUCAAAAAUUUCCAGCUACCUCACCCUUCACACCCAGAAGAGGCUCACCGAGAAUGCGUUUAUGCCAUUCAAUUCCAGGGCAAAUGGCUAGUCAGCGGAAGUCGGGACAGGACCGUGCGCGUUUGGGAUCUGGAGACCAAACGACUAUGGCAUCGUCCGCUAGUUGGACAUGCAAAGUCUGUACUAUGUCUACAGUUCGACCCAAGCCCCGACGAGGAUAUAAUUAUUUCCGGAAGUAGUGACCGUUCUGUGAUUGCAUGGAAGUUCUCCACGGGUCAAAAGAUCCAUCAAAUACCAAGUGCGCACGCUGAUUCAGUCUUGAACCUCAAAUUUGAUCGCCGAUACCUUGUGACCUGUUCCAAGGAUCGAACGGUUAAAGUAUGGAAUCGGCGAGAGCUAUCUGUGACAGAUGAAAACUAUCCUCGUGUCUGCAAAGGCGGUGGUGCAAGUUAUCCCUCCUACAUCAUUGAUCUCAAUGAAAUGGCACCGAGUCUUUUGGAAGCAAGCUUGGCCAAUGGGCGUAUCAAACCAUUGGAGCCUUACUCACUUCUCAUGAUCGUCGAAGGGCACGGCGCCGCGGUAAAUGCCAUGCAACUCCAAGGCGAUGAGAUUAUCACAGCCUCGGGGGAUCGCAUGAUCAAAGUGUGGAACGUUCGUAGCGGUACUUGCUUGAAGACUCUCAUGGGACAUGAGAAAGGCAUUGCUUGCGUUCAGUCCGAUGGCCGACGGAUCAUUAGCGGCAGUAAUGACAACACUGUACGGAUUUAUGAUUACAUUUCCGGGGCUCAGGUCGCCUGUCUUAAAGGGCAUGAAAAUCUUGUUCGUACCGUCCAGGCAGGAUUUGGGGACCCCCCGGGAGCCGACGAGACGCUGAGACGGGAGGCAUUGGAGGUUGAAAGUGCAUUUUGGAGAGCACAGCAAGAAGGUGAUAGUGUUGAUAUGGCACCAAGGGACCUGAGACGUGCCGGUCACACAUCAAAUACUGCGGGGUCUCGAGAUCCUCGUGAUAUCUCUGCUAUCGGUGCAAAAAUUCCUCCAAAUGGAGGAGGUAGUUGUUGGGGCCGUAUCGUGUCCGGCUCCUACGAUGAACAUAUUUUCAUCUGGCAUAAAAAUCGAGACGGUACCUGGUCCAGAAGGCAUGAAUUGCGUCAGGCUGAUGCAGCGUCCAACGCUGCUCGAGCCACCCUGACACCUGCAGCCCGAGCAGCUGUUUCGGCGCAGGCUCAGCAACUACAAGCAGCACAGACAUUGAUGGCUUUGCCCACUGCCCAAACUGCAGGUCCAGCUCAGGCCUCUGCUCCUGCACCCACACAGAAUACUACUACAUCUACACCAGAACUGGAAGAUAUAAGUGCUGCUCCUCCUACUACCGAGGCCUUUCCUGCCGGUCCCGCGCAGCAAGAUGAUGCAACUCCGCAGCCUCAGCUACCAGCCCAAGCAAAUACACCACCCCAACCCAACCAUCAAACACUGCAACAAUUGAUCGCCCACCACCACCAUCACCACCACCCACACCCACACCGACCACUCCAGCCAAACCCACCAACCUCAAGGGUAUUCAAAGUCCAGUUCGACGCGCACAAAAUUAUUUGUGCUAGCGUGGACCCACGAAUUGUAGGCUGGGACUUUUGCAACGAUGACGAAGAGAUUGUCGAAGCAUGCCAAUUCUUCGAGAGCCUGUGA